ACAAGUACUACCUCCUUCUACUAGUCUCAGUUACUACAUAGUUACUUACUGUAGAUUGCUAGACUUUGCUCCUGAACCUGAACCUCAAAUCCCUUUGCUACUCGCAGACCAUGAUUCGUGCUGCUAAGCUGCGUUGUUUAAUUAAUUAUUAAUGGAGGUUCGUGCCAAACAACAUUUCUGUAUCCUGUUAGGUCCGAUGCGCGGCCAUCGAAAUGGCAAAGUUACACCCCAUGUUGCGCUCGCAGCUUUACGCGUCUUCUUCUGUCACGCGCACAGAUUCGAACACCCAGAUGCCUGCCCCCCUUGACACAUCUUUCUGUGUUGUAUUCGUGGUAGUGGAUGCAACCGAUCAGUGGAACAUGUACCUCUCUCCCCAGAAGCAAGCAAUACCAGCAUUUGUGCUUUCCGCUUUCCUCAAAGGCAAGCAAGCAGCAAGGAAGCAAUGCUUCUUUUGCUUGCUUCUUUCUUGCCCACACCAUUUCCUUCUCUGCAUUCUCGAGGAGCCCUGUCCUUGUGCACUUGUGCUUCUCGGUGCUCAUACUCGAGUCCUGUCCUUGUGCACUAGUGCUUGUCCGUGCUCCUGCGAGCCGCCUGCCCUUGGCGUUCCAAUGGCGGAGCUCGUGGCCACCAUGGUGGUCGGGCCACUGCUGUCCAUCGUCAAGGAGAAGGCGUCCAGCUAGCUCCUCGACCAGUACAAGGUGAUGAAAGGCAUGGAGGAGCAACAUGAGAUCCUAAUGCGCAAGCUGCCGGCCAUCCUGGACAUCAUCACCGACGCCGAGGAGGCGGCAGCCCACAGAGAAGGGGCAGCAGCCUGGCUCCAGGCCGUCAAGAAGGUCGCUUACGAGGCGAAUGAAGUCUUCGAUGAGUUCAAGUAUGAGGCACUUCGUCGCAAGGCCAAAAAGCAAGGACACUACAAGGAGCUUGGCUUUGAUGUGGUAAAACUCUUUCCCACUCACAACCGGUUUGUAUUCCGUAAAAGGAUGGGGAAAAAGCUCUGCAAGAUUGUGCAGGCCAUCGAGGUCCUUGUGACCGAAAUGAACGCCUUUGGCUUUAAGUAUCAGCAACAGCCGCCGGUAUCCAGUCAGUUGCGACGAACAGAUCAUUCUACUACUGACCCAGAGGAAGUCAAGGAAAUCAUCAAUGAAUCCAGAGCCAAUGAUAAGAGUGAAAUUGUUAGUACACUAGUUGGGCAAGCUAACAAUGCAGAUCUUACGGUUGUUCCCAUCGUUGGAAUGGGCGGCCAGGGCAAGACCACCUUAGCUCAACUUGUUUACAAUGAACCUGCAAUUGAGAAGCAUUUCAAUUUGCUGCUAUGGGUAUGUGUCUCUGACUGCUUUGAUGUGGAUUCUCUGGCUAAAAGUAUAGUUGAAGCAGCUCCCAAGAAGAAGGAUCCUGGUACAGAAGCAGCUGCUUCCAAGAAGAAGACACCACUGGAUUGCCUUCAGGAUGUAGUGAGCGGGCAAAGAUACCUCCUUGUAUUGGAUGAUGUGUGGGCACGACAGGUUCAGAUUUGGAGACAGCUCAAGGCCCGCCUUCAACAUGGUGGCAUCGGUAGUGCGGUGUUGACAACAACUCGUGAUGGUGGAGUGGCUGAAAUAAUGGGUACUGUUAAAGCUCAUGAUCUCGUAGCUUUGGAAGAUAAAUUCAUAAAGAAAAUCAUCAAGACAACAGCAUUCAGUCGUUUCAAGAAGGCAGAGGAAAGGCCCACCGAGUUGGUGGGUAUGGUUGAUAAGAUUGUGGAGAGAUGUGCUGGCUCUCCUUUAGCUGCAACAGCACUAGGCUCUCUACUGUGUACCAAGACCAGUAAGGAAGAAUGGGAGGCUAUAUCAAUUAGAAGCAACGUUUGCACUGAGGAGACAGGAAUCUUACCAAUACUCAAGCUCAGUUACAAUGACUUGCCGUCGCAUAUGAAGCAAUGCUUUGCUUUUUGUGCUGUAUUUCCCAAAGAUUACGAGAUUGAUGUGGACAAGCUGAUCCAACUAUGGAUUGCACAUGGCUUCAUCCAGGAAAAGCAAGUUCGUCUUGAAACCGUGGGCAAACAAAUUUUCCAUGAGCUGUCCUCAAGGUCAUUCUUCCAGGAUGUGAAACAAAUCCAAGCCACGGUUGAGGAAAUUGUAUACGAUGGCUCGUGUUAUUCCAGAACUACAUGUAGAAUUCACGAUCUUAUGCAUGAUGUUGCACUUUCUGUAAUGGAAAAGGUAUGUGCCUUGGCAACUAUGGAACCAGCCAAGAUUGAAUCUGUUGUCACAACUGAGGAAUCAAGUCAGAGUGAGUGGCUUCCAAACACAGCUCGGCAUUUAUUUUUGUCAUGCAGGGACCCAGCAAAAAAAUUGAAUAGUUCUCUGAAGAACAGCUCUCCAGCCAUCCAAACACUUUUAUGUGAUACCUAUAUGAGUAGUUCACUGCAACAUCUAUCAAAAUACACCUCUUUGCAAGCGUUGCAGCUCUGUUCACAGAGAAGAUCAUUUCAGUUGAAACCAAAGCAUCUGCAUCACCUGAGGUACCUAGAUCUCUCAAGAAGUAGAUAUAUCAAAGCACUUCCUGAAGAUGUGAGCAUUCUAUACAACCUUCAAACGCUGAACCUCUCUGGCUGUGAAUCUCUUUGUAGACUUCCAAGACAAAUGAAGUAUAUGACUUCCCUUCAUCACCUUUACACUCAUGGUUGUCCACAGCUUAAGUGCAUGCCCACAGACCUCAGGAAACUCACAUCCCUUCAGACACUUACAUGCUUUGUAGCAGGCAGUGACCCUAAUUGUAGUAAGGUUGGAGAGCUUGGAAAUUUAAACCUUGGUGGUCAACUAAAGCUACGUAAUCUGGCAAACGUGACAGAAGUGGAUGCAAAAGCAGCAAACCUUGUGAACAAGGAGAUAAGAGAAUUGAGAUUAACAUGGAAUUUUAGAUGGGAUUAUUAUGAAACUAGCUGGCGGGAUAAUGAAGAGGAUGCAAAAGUGCUCGAGAAUCUUAAACCUCAUGAUGGACUACAUGCCAUAGGGAUACAGUCAUAUGGAGCCACCACCUUCCCAACAUGGAUGACUAUGUUGCAAAACAUUGUUGAGAUCCAUCUUUUCAACUGUAGAAAACUAGUAUGGUUGUUCAGUGGUGAGUGUGAUACAUCGUUUGCAUUUCCAAAUCUGAAGGAGCUUAUGCUAAAAGGUCUUGUUUGUUUGGAGAAAUGGUGGGAAAUAGAUAAUGAUGGGAUGCAAGGAGAGGCGAUGAUGUUUCCUCUACUUGAGAACCUGCAUAUUAGCGACUGUGUAAAGUUGAAAGCAUUGCCAGGACAUCCGACCUUCCCUAAGCUACAGAAUGUUUGUAUUAAGAAAUGUCCAGGGUUGGCAACUACAGCUAAAUCACCAAAGCUCAGUGUAUUGAAGAUGGAAGGACGCGAGGUAGAGUUGUUCUUGUGGGUAGCGAGACAUAUGACUUCAUUGAGCAAUCUGGAACUGACUACCAUUGAACAGAGUACAGAUACAACCUCGAUGGGGGCUGAGAAUAGUUUGAGGGAAAUGGUGAACGUCAAGGAGAAUGGGAAUGAUCAAGACUUUCCUCUAGAAGUCUUGGUGUUAAAAGACUUUGAGUCAGUUGUAAGUAUAACAGAGCUGUGUGCAUGUUUUGUACACCUUCAAGAUUUGUCAAUUUGGAGCUGUGAUGUGCUCGUCCACUGGCCAGAAACAUUGUUCGAAGGACUGGUAUACUUGAGGAAGCUUCUGAUUAGGCACUGCAAUAAUUUGACUGGAUAUGCACAAGCUUCUGUUGAGCCAUCAACAUCACCAGAAACCAGACAGCUCCUGCCACGUCUAGAGUCUUUAACGAUACGGAGCUGUGAAAGCUUGGUUGAGCUCUUCAACGUCCCUGCAUCUCUCAGGACAAUAGACAUUUCUAAUUGCAGUAAGCUUGAGUCCACAUUCGGCAGGAAGCAGCAGCAGGGAGAGUCAGUAUCAUCGAUUCAUCAAGGGUCAUGCAGUAUAGAAAGAUUAACAUUAUACAGCUGUAAUGGCUUAACAGGGGUCCUCCAUCUUCCCCAGUCCCUCAAGAGACUAGACAUUGACAACUGUGGUGGGUUGACAUCUCUGGAAUCCUGCUCUCCCGAGCUCCCGUCGUUGGAGUACCUCGAGCUUUGGGAAUGCAAGACCCUGUCAUCCCUACCGGAUGGGCCGCAAGCAUACUCAUCUCUCCAACAUCUUCGCAUUAGAUACUGCCCUGGUAUGAAGACGCUCCCUGCAAGCCUGCAGCAACGCCUGGGCAGCAUCGAGGAGGAAUACGUAGAUGCCCGUAUUUAUGGAUAUAAGCCAAGGCCUAUGCUGCUGAAGCCGAAGACAUGGAAGUAUGUCUGCAAAGGUUGAACUACUGUUCCCAAAGGCUUGGAAGAGGUGUUGUCUGCAAAGCACGUACAUACGGGUGGAAAAGAGAGAUCCCUUGGAGUAGAACUAGUGUCUCGCAAGACCUGCCGGGAUCAGCACCUGUUGCCUCCAUGUUCGUUUUGUGAUGUUGUUGCCUGGACCAGACGCCGACAUGAAUGUUGUUGCCAUGUUGAGUUGCAAGAUCAGUAAUCAGAAAGCGCUUCAAACACUAUUGUUUUAUCCCCGGAAAGGGAUCAUGUUUGAACAAUUGUAUUUUCCACUUGUUUACCUAUGGGCUGUUAUAUCAUUGUGCUAUUUUUUGAACUGGCACUGUCAUUAUUAUUAUUUUUGUCUAAAUUUUGCCAGUAUUUCCUUUGGGUGCUUUGCCCAGAAGAGGUUACUUGUUGACUCAGUUUUUGGCAUGUCUGUCUGUCCGUCAGUCUCUGUAUGACUUAUGUGUAACUUGGAAACUCAACGUUUGCUAUAUAUUUUGGCUUGUAAACACAUGCAUUGUUAUUUAGUGAUCAUCAUAUACA